AUGCCGUAUACUCACUGUCGUCGACGCUCCAACGAGUCUCCGCCGUCGCUUCACCGCGUCACGCCCAGCGGAGACUUUGUUGACGUCGACAAGGUCGAACCCUGCGUAUGCGUCGUUGGCGUGGGCUUCGUCGGCAAGAGUCUGCUCCGGGAAUUCGGCCGUGUCUUCCGUUCGAUUGGGUUCGACAUCUCGGAGAAGCGUAUCGAUGAGCUCAGACGCUCGUUCAAGGGCCAGGAGAAGACGACGCUGACAACGGACAAGUCGAUGUUGCGCACGGCGACUCACUAUCUCAUUUCCGUCCCCACGCUGCUGAAGGAAGACCGCACCGUCGACCUUUCGCACCUCGUCUCAGCUGUCCAGAUGGUCCUGUCGGCCGCCCGGCCCGGUUGCGUCAUCGUCAUCGAGUCCAGCGUGUCCGUCGGCACCACCCGCCAUCUCUUCUCGCGCUACAAGGGCGUAUUCUAUUGCGGAAUGUCGCCGGAACGUGUCGACCCCGGACGAGUCUCGCCACCGGCCAAAGAGAUCCCCAAGAUCGUCUCCGGCUUGACGCCCAGGUCACUGAGCGUCAUCCAGGCCGCCUACAGCAGGGCCUUCGACACCGUCGUCCCGGUCAGCAAGCCCGAGGUGGCGGAGAUGACGAAGCUGUUCGAGAACUGCUACCGCAUGGUCAACAUAGCAUACGUCAACGAGAUGGCCGACGCAGCGCGCUCGCACGGCGUCGACCCGGACGAGAUGAUCGCGGCGGCGACUUCCAAGCCGUACGGCUUCACGCCGUUCCACCCCGGGCUCGGCGUCGGCGGCCAUUGCAUCCCGGUCAACCCGUUCUACCUCUUCGCCAACAACAGGAACCUCCCCGUUCUCGAAAAGGCGACCGCGAAGAUGUGGCAGCGCCCCGCCAGGAUCGCACGCGGCUUCCACAGACGCACCAGUUCGGCGCAGAAGGGUGCUCCCCCCCGCAUCCUCGUCGUCGGCAUGGGCUUCAAGCCUGGCCAGUCGGUUCUCUCCUGCUCGCCGGGUGUUGCUUUUGCCGAGAAGCUGCACAGCCUCGGGUGUGCCCGUCUUGCAUUCUAUGAUCCGCUGGUCUCGAAAGAGCAUCUGGGCUGGAUGGACAAGCUCGAGGAUGAGUGGUGGACACAGGAAUAUAUCGAUGCGAACUUCGACGCCGUUGCGAUCUGUAACCGCCAGACCGGAGUCGACUUUGGCGUUGUGACGAAGCUCCAGAGAGCAAAGGUGCAAGAGUUGAAGUAG